UGAUCUGGUUUCUCUGUUAUGAUCGAGGAAAUGGUCUUUGGAACAUAUACGGAAACAUGAGGCAGAGAAUUACAUUUUUGCAUAAACGCGAAGACUCGUUCGAUCCAAAGCAGCUCCAUAUCACUCCGUCCGACUUGACUGUCAACAACCUUCGAGCUGCAAAGGAGCAUCGGUGGACAUUGGGAUAUGAUGAGCUGCCUGCGGAGCUACUAGAUGUCCUGAAGCAUUCGCACGAACUGCAUAUCCGCUGGUCGUCGCCGGAGUUCUAUCGAAGCAUCUCGCCGUAUAUUUCAAGAGUGUCGCCCGGACUGCAUGUCUUGUAUACCCCCACGAGUAACUUGACAGAGGAAUUAUGCCCAGCCCUGAAGCGCGCAUUCAGUUCAGAUUUGAAAUGCGACUCUGUAGAGAAUGCCUUCAGCAACAUCCCCGUGCUAUCAGACCGCUUCUCCUCGUCCCCCGCAAAGCAAUACUACCAUGUCCUCCCAUCUCUCGACCACUUCAUAACAUAUUUCCAAGCAUCCCUCUGCCCCGCCUCUGAUUCCGCCUGCAAUGAACAAGCCGCUUCUCUCUCUUCCGCCGAUUACUUUGACAUUGACGUGGACGCUAUAUCGAACACGGUCAUUCUGAGCGCAUACUGGGCCCACGGCCCCGAUACCGACGGCACGUGGAACACUAGAAUCCAAACAACCCAUGCCGACGACCGAGUGGAAGUCGGGAUCCUGUCCAACGAGCUGCCCACAGAGGAAGAAGAACUCUCGUUGAGCGGGUUUCUUAUUGUCAUCGGCCAGGACUCGAAGCCUAGUCCCGUUCUCUUCUCAUUUCCCUCCCGCCAUCACCACGUCCCCUCUCUCCCAUCUUCUGCAUCCGUCUACCACACAUCCUUCCUCUCUCCCAGCGGUUUGCACCCCACCCUGCACCUCUCUUUUCCAUAUUCUCCACUCUCCCACCUUUCCCAACUCUCCUCCUCCUCUUCCUCCUCAUCACCACCACUGUCCCUACCCGAUCCCGAUUCCUGCUCUCUCAACGCCUACCUGACUCUCCCCUCGUACCUCUUCGCCGACCAAUACCAGCUCUCGGACUCACUCUUCCUGCAAUCCAAACAUAUCCGCUCAAUCAGAUCCCUCAGCGGCGCCACCGAUCUCGAAGCCCCCGACUGGGCAGUUCCGCAAUGGGGCAGUUCAUUGCUGAUCGAGCUGGACCCGGCCCACGACACGGCUGAUGUGCCGCUGCAUUUGCGCUACCUGAAGCCCGUCGAAGGCGGAAAACGAACCGUAGAUGUCCCUGUGCCGUUGGUCUUUUGGGCAUGUCCCGCCCAGGAGGGGACAAAGAUGGCGGGAAACCCGUUUGAUAGAGUCAAGCUGGGAUACGAUGGGUUGUUUGGAGCCAGGACGAUGUUUUUCCAUUAUACUCCCGCAGUUAAUCAUUCGGUUGCUGACGGGGUUUCUAUUGGCUCCGGCGAUGUUUCUCUUGAUGGGCAUGGAGAUGGUUUACUCACUCUGGAUGUUCCCGUUCUGGAUACCCUCAGCCUCACCGGCGUCGAGUGGGGCACGAUAUUAGUUGUAUUCCUUGGCGCAGCGUGGAUUGCGUGGAAACUAUGGGGUGUAGUGAGUCGAAAGAGCGGGGAAAGCGGCGCAGACGAGGGAGAGAAAGUGCGCAGGAAAAAGGAAGAAUAGGUUCCUACAGAAGGGAUGGAUGGUAGGAACAGGUCAAGUCUCAGGUUCAUAAGUCAUAAACGCAUGAAUGCAUGGUUAUCAAGCUGGAUCUAGACGACGUCAAGAUGAAAUGAAAUGCGCUUGCUCAUAUUGUCAUAUGGCCUGUCGAAGUAUUUCUCAAAUAUAAAUACCCG